CUCUCUCUCUCUCUCUCUCUCUCUCUCCCUUUCUCUCUCUCUGUCUCUCCCUCUCUCUCGCUCUCUCGCUCUCUCUCCCUCUCCCCGCUCUCUCUCCCUCUGCCCAGUCGCCGCGCUCCCUUGCGCUCGCACAGACUCACCGCGCCCGGUCCAAUUAUCAUAUUCAUCACCCGCAAGAUACCACCGUGUGCGCGCGCGCCUGUGCUCCUCUCUCUGCCGGCCAAAAAGAGAGAGGAGAGAGAGAGAGGGGAAAGAGAGAGAGAGAGAGAGGAGAGAGAGAGAGGGGGGGAGAGAGAGAGAGAGAGAGAGAGGCUCGGUCCCACGGCUCCCUGCACCGCGGUCCCGGGAUUCUUGAGCUGUGCCCAGCUGACGAGCUUUUGAAGAUGGCACAAUAACCGUCCAGUGAUGCCUGACCAUGACAGCACAGCCCUCUUAAGCCGGCAAACCAAGAGGAGAAGAGUUGACAUUGGAGUGAAAAGGACGGUAGGGACGGCAUCUGCAUUUUUUGCGAAGGCAAGAGCAACGUUUUUUAGUGCCAUGAAUCCCCAAGGUUCUGAGCAGGACGUUGAGUAUUCCGUAGUACAGCACGCAGAUGGGGAAAAGUCAAAUGUACUCCGCAAGCUGCUGAAGAGGGCGAACUCGUAUGAAGAUGCCAUGAUGCCUUUUCCAGGGGCAACCAUCAUUUCCCAGCUGUUGAAAAAUAACAUGAACAAAAAUGGUGGCACCGAGCCCAGUUUCCAAGCCAGCGGUCUCUCUAGUACAGGCUCCGAAGUACAUCAAGAGGAUAUAUGCAGCAACUCUUCAAGAGACAGCCCCCCAGAGUGUCUUUCUCCUUUUGGCAGGCCUACUAUGAGCCAGUUUGAUAUGGAUCGCUUAUGUGAUGAGCACCUGAGAGCAAAACGCGCCCGGGUUGAGAAUAUCAUUCGGGGUAUGAGCCAUUCCCCGAGUGUGGCAUUAAGGGGCAAUGAAAAUGAAAGAGAGAUGGCCCCGCAGUCUGUGAGUCCCCGAGAAAGUUACCGAGAAAACAAACGCAAGCAAAAGCUGCCCCAGCAGCAGCAACAGAGUUUCCAGCAGCUGGUUUCAGCCCGAAAAGAACAGAAGCGAGAGGAACGCCGACAGCUGAAACAGCAGCUGGAGGACAUGCAGAAACAGCUGCGCCAGCUGCAGGAAAAGUUCUACCAAAUCUAUGACAGCACUGAUUCUGAAAAUGAUGAAGAUGGUAACCUGUCUGAAGACAGCAUGCGCUCAGAGAUCCUGGAAGCCCGGGCUCAGGACUCUGUAGGGAGGUCAGACAACGAGAUGUGUGAACUCGACCCGGGACAGUUCAUUGACCGGGCCCGAGCCCUGAUCAGGGAGCAGGAGCUGGUGGAAAACAAGCCCAAGAGAGAAGGUAACAACAAAGAAAGAGACCACGGGCCAAACUCCUUACAACCAGAAGGCAAACAUUUGGCCGAGACCUUGAAACAAGAACUGAACACUGCCAUGUCGCAAGUUGUGGACACUGUGGUCAAAGUCUUUUCGGCUAAACCCUCGCGCCAGCUUCCUCAGGGCUUCCCACCUCUGCAGGUCCCCCAGGCCAGAUUCGCAGUCAAUGGGGAAAACCACAAUUUCCACACUGCCAACCAGCGCCUGCAGUGCUUUGGCGAUGUCAUCAUUCCGAAUCCCCUGGACACUUUUGGCAACGUGCCGGUGCCCAGUUCCACAGACCAGACAGAAGCACUGCCCCUGGUUGUUCGGAAAAACUCAGCUGACCAGUCUGCCUCGGGCCCUGCCGCUGGCGGCCACCACCAGCCCCUGCACCAGUCGCCUCUCUCUGCCACUGCAGGCUUUACCACCUCCACCUUCCGCCAUCCCUUCCCCCUUCCCUUGAUGGCCUAUCCAUUUCAGAGUCCAUUAGGUGCUCCCUCUGGCUCCUUCUCGGGCAAAGACAGAGCCUCUCCCGAAUCCUUAGACUUAACUAGGGAUACGACGAGUCUGAGGACCAAGAUGUCAUCCCAUCACCUGAGCCAUCACCCCUGUUCACCAGCACACCCCCCCAGCACGGCCGAAGGGCUCUCCUUGUCCUUCAUAAAGUCCGAGUGUGGAGAUCUGCAAGACAUGUCUGACAUCUCACCUUAUUCGGGAAGUGCAAUGCAGGAAGGAUUAUCACCCAAUCACUUGAAAAAAGCCAAGCUCAUGUUCUUUUAUACCCGUUAUCCCAGCUCCAAUAUGCUGAAGACCUACUUCUCUGAUGUCAAGUUCAACAGAUGCAUUACCUCUCAGCUCAUCAAGUGGUUUAGCAAUUUCCGUGAGUUUUACUACAUUCAGAUGGAGAAGUAUGCACGUCAAGCCAUCAACGAUGGAGUCACCAGUACAGAAGAGCUGUCCAUCACCAGAGAUUGUGAGCUCUAUAGGGCUCUGAACAUGCACUACAACAAAGCAAAUGACUUUGAGGUUCCAGAGAGAUUCCUGGAAGUUGCGCAGAUCACAUUACGGGAGUUUUUCAAUGCCAUUAUCGCAGGCAAAGAUGUUGAUCCUUCCUGGAAGAAGGCCAUCUACAAGGUCAUCUGCAAGCUGGAUAGUGAAGUCCCUGAGAUUUUCAAAUCUCCGAACUGCCUACAAGAGCUGCUUCAUGAGUAGAAAUUUCAACAACUCUUCCUGAAUAAUAAGGAAGCGUCUUUUCAGCUGAGCCCUCUCUCACUCGGACACCCCCUAAAAUUGCACAAAAACUGACAGGAGCAGAAAAGGCCAACAAGCUGGCCUUCCUUUGUAAGAAAACAGUCAUUCUGUGAUUUUUAAAUACACGAUUCUUCCACUCAAGUGGGCAGAUAGUUGGAGAACUGUGUAUCGCCACUUCAAAUUUAGAACUAGGGGGAAACAAGUAUUUGGAGUUGGUCUCAGAGCCAUCUAUAAGAAUCAAAGAUCAUGGCUUCUCCCAAUAUUGUCCCAGCCAUUUCUCAUAUGUAUAUAGUAUAAACCGUGACAAAACACUGCCUUUAUAUUAUUUAGCAAUAUGCUGUAAAUAGCAUUAUGAAGCUCUUUUUUUGUAAUAAAGACCCUUUGAUUUGAAUAUAGUACAAUAACUGAUAAAGUCAAUUUUUUAUUUUCUUUUUUUUUAGCUAGAGGCAAUUUCAAUUGUGGAUUUUUUUUGUUAUUGUCUAUUGUUCUGAAGACUUUGCAUAAUUUAUUGGUUUAAUUUAUCCUAAUUUAUUUGAUGAAGGUGUACAAUUUUGUAUUACCAAGGAUGUACUGUAAUAUUAAUUGAUAUGAUAAAAAAAUGAGACUCCCUGUCCAUAUUAAACAGAAAAUAAAAAAGGUGCAGUAGACAAUUGAUUUUAAAGUAAAAGUAAAAAAAAUAGUUUGGCAGCU